AUGGCCGCUAUACGCAUGCAGUGCUCGGAAAGUGACACAGAAUCGAUCUUAUCAUCGUCUGACGAGAGUUAUGAGAUCGAGGAAUAUGAUGACAACGAGAGAUGUCACGAUUUUGUUUUAGAGUGCCAGGGACAAAGUGGCCCAAACAGGUUUGAACCUGCGAGAAAAGUACGCGAUGUGGUGUCAAUGGAUGAUAAAAGUCAAGGAAAUAGGUGGACAAGCCAAGAUUGUAAAUACAACAGACAAAGAAUUCCUAACACAGUGAGACUGACAAUAAAUCAUACUAACGUUGACGACAAGAAGGUCAUCAGACAUGAAAUUAUGAGAUGGAAGAAGGCAAACAAACCAAUUUAUGUGGACGAGAAAGAAGAGCACUUUUAUAAAGUAAUUGAUGUGCAAUGUGAUAUUUACUCUAUAAGUGUGGAUGAUAUACAUGCUGCGAGUCGACUCUUAGAAGACUGUAAAAAUGGAACGUUACCUGCUCAUCUGGCUAAGCAUUGCAUGAUAAGCUAUGAUGGUAUUCAAGUCAUACCACAUGAAAUGGACUUUGACAUUCAAUGUCAUGACAAAUUUUCAGACAUUGAUGAGAGCGAUGGUGACACUGUAAAUGUUAGCAGUAACACUAUUACAUUAGAUGAUGUAUCCACAGAAACCAGUGAUUUGGGUGAGGAGUUGGCACAACUUGUUCUCAGUGAAUCAGCUGAUGAAUGUUUACACAUAGUUUCUGGUACAGUGGAAGAGAAAUUGUUUGAUGGUUUGAAAACUGGUGUCAGUGAAAACGUUCUCACCAAUUUAGCAAAAACUGCUAAUCUUCGUACCAUGCAUAAUGGUAUGACUUUACUACACUAUGCUGCAAUUCACAAUAGAUCAUUUGUCUGUAUUCUUCUGUAUGCAUUUACAGAUUUUUCACAAAUCAUUUACAAACAAGUGUCAGACAGGGAAAGUGUUCAUUAUAAACUGACGGCAGCUGAUAUCGCAAGCAAAUUAAACCAUGUCAGCUUUCUCAAAGAGUUGAAAGACGUUUACAAAGUAGAAUGUGGUUUUAGCGAGAUCCAUCGAGCAGCUAGAAAUGGUGACCUGGUCAGAAUCAGAGAAUUGCAUAAAAAUGGUGCUGAUGUGAAUACUAUAGCUGAGCAGUUGGAAAUAACGCCUCUAUAUAUGGCUUGCGGUGCAGGAAGACUAGAUGCUGUUAAACUUCUGAUAGAGCUUGGAGCUAAUGUGUCUCUACGAUGUGGGGAUCAUGGCGGUAUGUGUUUGCAUCGAGCUGCAGAAUGGGGACAUUAUGUAAUGGUUCACUAUUUGGUCAGCGAGGGUCAUUUUCCUGAUAUCAAUGUCAAGAACACUAAAUAUGAGCAUACAACUCUGCAUAGAGCUAUUGUCGGAUCAAACCCGGAUAUUAUCAGGUUUCUUCUUGAGAACAAAGCUGAUAUCAAUAGCACAUCUAAAACAGGAGUCACGCCACUGCAUUAUGCUGUAUCCUGUAAUGAAAUUGAUUGUGUGGGUAUGCUGCUGUCUCAAGGAGCUGAUGUCAUGAGAACAUAUCAAAAUAAUUACAGUAUAUUGCAUCAUUCUGCACUGAAAGGAAACCUGAAGAUUUUUGUGAUGCUGGUAGAGCAUAUAUAUAAAACCCUAGGACCUAAUGCAGUCAAAAAACUAGUCAGUUCCCAAGCAGAACUUUGCACUUCAGAUUACGUGUACCUGGUGCGAGGCACAGAUCGUGGGCAACCUGCUUGGCAUUAUGUGCACAUUGACAGGUCAAAGUUUCCUCUUUUUAUGAAAAACACACAGGGCAGCUCCUUGGAUGUUGGGGAUUAUGGUAUCAUGGUUAAAUCCGGUUGGGGGGAGGAUCCACCUGUUGAUGUCAGAGAUUGCAUUACAUGUGAUUCUCAACAGCUGAAAGGAAGUAAUUUUUCUGAUAUUGUACCACUUCAUCUUGCAUCUAGAGCGGGCCAUGUUGAAAUCACAGCAGAGCUGAUACGGAUUGGAUGCAGAUAUUCAUGCCGUUGA